CUUCCAGUAAGUUUUAUCGAACGCGGAGUGGCAGGAUCGUCAUCGGAUGCAGGGAGCUGGUUCUUAGCUAACAUGACUUUCAAUCGGUUAUUUUCUAGAGCUGUUCAGGUCAGCAGGGUUGGAUCGAGGUCUGCAUUCACAAGCUCCAAGCCGGACCUUACUAACCCAAACUGGCUGCGAGUGGGUCUUGCCUUUGGAUCUGGUGUUUUCCUCUGGGGCCUGCUCUUUAAGCAGCACAGCACAGACGUUCAUGAGUACAAAGUGAGGAAUGGCCUGGAAUGAUCCACCAUACUGGAGGCCGCCAGUUCUGGUAAAUGGAUGCAGCUGUUCUUGCUAUUCCCAUUCCCCCAACUCCUCACUGUUCUGUGUAAAAUAAAGAUUUAUCAUGUGAAAUA